AUGGUCGCCGUCACCAACAGAAGUAGUUCCUCUUCGUCGUCGUCCGACCGGAUCCCGGAUUCUGUACCUUCUUCUACUUCAUGUGCUUCACGUCGCUUCGCUGACAGCCUCUCGAUGUCCAAUUGCACGUCGGCGACCUCUGCGCUUAACUUCCUUGAAUCGGCCAAGGCUGCUGCUUACUUGUUUACGUUCUCGUGCGACCGACUGCACGCCCUGAUGUCAACAGUCGACGGCUGCAAAUCGGUAAACAUCCGCUUUGAUGUUGUUGUUGUUGUUGUUGAUGUUGUUGAUGAUGUUGAUGUUAUUUGGGUUUUCCGAUGUCUGCUAUUGCUGCUGGCUGGUUCGGCAUCGAGCCCCUUUGUUUUCCUGUUCGUUUCUGGCCAGCCAGCCGCAACGGCAAAACCAAAACCAUAA